AUGGCCUCGCAGGCCCUGGCUACCGCGGCCGACACUUCGGGUUUCAGUGUCCGCAGUCUGUACCGGUUGCUGUUGAGGCAGUCGAAUCAGUUUGCAAAUUAUAAUUUCAGAAUGUACGCGCGGCGGAGAACGAGGGAUGCUUUCCAUGAACAUCAGCACGAGUCGGACGCGAGGAGGAUACAGGAACUGGUGCAGAAGGGCUUGAAGGAAUUGCAGAUGAUGAAGCGACAAACGAUAGUGUCACAGUUUUAUCAACUGGACAGAUUAGUCGUGGAAGGUGGCAAGACGGUACGUUUACCUCCCAUUGUUCUAUUUGUACAUCUGCUGAACUUUGAUGACCAGGGCGAAGAAAAGGGCAAGCAUGGUGGAAUAGUGCGACAGAAAGACACAGGAUGGGAUUGA